CUGCAACCUAUUCAUCUACCUUAAACACACCUACGAGGUUCGCACCUCCACCAGAUCGUCAAGAUAGGACUUUUUCACAAGAUGGGCUCGUUCCUCUCCGCACCACCCCCCGGCGUCGAUGCCUCGAAGCUGGCAGCGGUGGAGAAAGAGCUGAAGGCUCGUGAAGAGACGAUCGCUGCGAAGACCAAAGAGCUCGAGGACAAAGAAAAAGAGCUUGCGACCUCAAAGACAGAGUCUACCACCCUUACCAAACACGUCGAGGAUCUCAAGUCGGAACUGGCCGGUCUCAACACCAAGCUCAAAGCACUGGGAAAAGAGCGCGACGAGCAGGCUGCCAAGCUCGAAAAGCUCCACAGUGAGCUCAAGUCGAAGAGUGAAGAGGCCACCCAACAACGUCUGGCUCUCGACCGUGUCACCAAAACCGUCAUCGAAGAGCGGGACCAGGCUCGCCUCGACAUCAAGAAGACACAAGAACAGCUCGACCAGGUCAAAGCCAAGCAGACACACCUCGAGCAGGAAUUGUCGACCGCUAAGCAAGAGCUCAGUGAUGCCAAGAAGCAGUUGAGCGACCGGGAGUCUGCUCUCAAGGCAGAGCUUGCCACGUAUCAGAAGCAACUUUCGGAGUCUGAGGAGAGCAAGAAGACGUUGGAGACUUCGCACACUGCGCUCAAGAGCCAAAACGAUGAGCUCAAGCAAAAGGCGGAUGCUGAUGUGGCCGCCGUCAAGAAGGAUCUGACCGAUACACAAGCACAACUCACAACUAUUCACGCCGCUCACGAGGAGCUGAAGACCUCAUCCGAGUCAGCCCUUGCUACAACCAAGAAAGAGCUCGAGACUUCCAAAACUCGGCUGGCCGAUACUCAAGCCGCUCAUGACAAGCUCAGCGCCGACCUCGUCACCGCUAUUGAGACUGCGAAAGCGACUGAAGCCGCACACUCCGCCGAGGUCGAGAAACUCCGUGUCGAGAUCGGCGAGCUCUCCAAGAGCAACGCCGACACAGCAGAAGCCGACAAGAAGCUCAAGGUCGAACACGAGGCAGCACUCGCCGCCGUUCAAGCACAGGCAACGGAAGCCCACGACAAACUUGCUGCCGCCGAGAAGGAAGCUGCUGAGCUCCGUGAAGCUCGGGAAGCAGAGAAUGCUAAGGUCGCUGAGCUCGAGAAGAAGAUCACGGAGAGCUCCGAUCGUGCGAAGACAUUGGAGGCGUCUGCCGCUGCCACCGAAGCUGAACUAACGAAGGCCAAGCAAGCCGCCACCGAGACCGAGAGCAAACUCAAGGAGGCCGAAGCUUCCGCUGCCGAGCUCCGCACAAAUCAAGAAGCCACCACGACCAAGCUCGCCGAGCUGGAGAAGAGUCUUGCCGAUGCCUCAAGCCGCGUGAAAGCCGUGGAAGAAGAGAAGGCUGCCAUCGCCGCCGAACUUGCUACCUCCGUCGCCGCAGUGAACGAAGCACAAGAGAAGAGCAAAGCCACUGAAGCGGGUGACGCUGAGCUCCGCAAGAGCCAAGAGGCUGCCAUCGCAAAAGCCGCGGAGCUUGAGAAGAACGCGAACGAGAGCCUAAGCCGUGCACAGAAGGCGGAGCAAGAUCUCAAGGCAGCCUUGGAGGAGAAAUCAGGGCUCAGCACACAACUCGCCGCAGCACAAGAAGAGUCCAAGAAAGCGUCAGAGGCCCGCGAUCAGCUCUCCACAUCCUUCGAGACCUCCACUUCCGACCUCACUGCCGCCAAGAAGGAGCGCGAUGAAGCUCUCGCCAAGAUCACCGCGCUCGAGGAGUUCCAGAAGAAGUUCGAACAGGCUUCGUCCGAGCGUGAUGAGGCGAUCGCAAAGGCCGACAAGCAGGCGGCUGAGCUUCAAGCAUCGAAAGACCUUCAAGGCAACCUCGACAAGGUCACCGCUGAGCGUGACGAAGCGAUCGUCAAAGCUGAAAAGCAAGCGACCGAGCUUCAAGCACUCAAAGACCUUCAAGAAAAGCUCGACAAGGCUUCCUCCGAGCGUGACGAGGCGAUCGCGAAGGCCGACAAGCAAGCUACCGAACUCCAAGCAUCCAAAGAUCUGCAAGAGAAGUUCGACAAGGCUACUGCUGAGCGCGAUGAGGCGAUCGCGAAGGCCGACAAACAAGCAACCGAACUCCAAGCACUCAAGGAUCUUCAGGAGAAGUUGGACAAGGCUACCGCCGAGCGUGACGAGGCCCUCACCAAAGUCAGCGCUGCCGAGACCGAGGUCACGGCGCUGAAGGAGAUCCAGGAGAAGACGGCUAACGCUGUGCCCAUCGCUACCUAGCGAUGUGGCGGCAGUGCUGCUGCGGAAGUUAUGAGUGUACCAAAGCCGGUCGACUGGCUACGGCAGUGCU